UCUCUACUCAGUGGUGUCGUGUGUUUUGACUCGUGGUGUCGUGUGUUUUGACUCGUGGUGUCGGUCGUGACAAAAUGUGGAUUGGAGCCUUGGUGUUGUGUCACCUCCUGAUAGUGGCCGAUCUCCAAUCGUCCAAUCCUCAGAACUGUUCGCUCACGUGCCUUCGCCAGGGAGGACCAGGAUGUCACUACUGCAGAAUAAACAGAGAUGAAGUGGACAAAGUGCUUGGCUUGAAAGGUACUUUAGGAAGUUGUAUUCCUUGGCCGUGCGUUCGACUGCUCGGAGAGGAGGACCCUCGUUUGUGUCAACACUUCGUUCAAGCACCGCACGACAUCAACAUUGAGUCUGUACCCAGUUCGGACCCUAAUUUGGAUUCUGUGGUUGUCUCCUGGAAGCCCAGCCAAUACGGUAUCGAGUUCCUGCGAGGCUUCCAGGUGUCCUUGCAGUCCUUGGGAGGGUCCGGUCUUGCCUGUCAGCUUUUUCUCUUCCAGCCAAACCUCACACUCUCAGCUUCACACGCUCAAACGGUGUACAAGUCGGACAUGUUCUCGGGACUCUCCCUUGGCUCCGAUUAUGCUGUGACCGUCAUGGCCCUGCCUGUGCCUGAGAAGUGGGAGAAGUUCUAUCACAGCAAGAUCUUCUCCACGCGCUCGUGUGAGGAGAAAAAUGGCUUUUUGCAGUGUAAAGCAGACUGGUACCCCAAGUAUGUUGAUGUGCAGCAAAAAGAGGCGGUGGUCAUGGUCACCUUCAACCUGGCUCCUCCUAUCAUGGGCAUCACCAGCUACUUCUGCAUCUGUACAGCAAACGGCAAGACGACAUCCACGGACAUUAUUCCUAAUCUUUCGGGAAACAAAACACACCACAGCUUCGCACUCGAAGACCUCGAAGAAGGAAGUAAUUACACAUGCGAGAUUGCAGCCAACCAAGUAGACGCGGUGAGAAAAGUAUUCAACGUCUACGUCAAGAAGCAGGAAUCUACAAUGGAACAUCACAACUUUCCCUACUGGAGUCUGGCCUUUCUUUUUGUGUUUGCUGCGGCGACCAUUUUUGUUGUCGUCCUGGUUCUUUGCAUGAGGAAACGCUACACGCAAACAAAGAAACGUAUCAUCGAACCAGAAAUAAUGAUCAAGCACCAUGAAGAUGUGACUGCCAAGAAGGAAGAAAUAGUACCGCUGUGCGGAAACAGGAAGACUCCUCCCACUCUUCUUAUUUGCUACAGCAGGUGUGAUGGCCCCGCCCACAUGGACGCUGUCAUGAAGUUGGCAUCCUUCAUACAGCAGCACAUGGCCACCAAGGUGUCUCUGGACCGUUGGGAUUCUUUGGAAAUGUCCAAGGAGGGACAAAUGGCCUGGUACUGCCGCCACAUCCGUGACAGUGACUUCAUCUUAGUGGUCUGUUCUGGGGGUCUUUGCCAGAGACCCCAGCCUUCACCACAGGGGGUGCCUAAAAAUAUGUCAGAAAUGAGCUGUGAGGCAAACUUACACAGCGAGGUGAUGGUACGCCUCGUGGGAGAGGAAGUGGGCCGAGCUAUAUCCGGCGGCGAGGACCUGUCUAAAUACAUGACGGCCAUUUUCGACUACUCCGAGGAGAAGGACGUCCCCAUGGAGCUCCGGCCGGUGGUGCGCUACAAGCUGACCGCUGACUUGCCGCUGCUUUUCUCGCGCCUUCACCAAGUGCCGCUUCACAGUCCCGGUCGCUACGUGUCCAUAAAGUGCAUCUCGGACGAAGAGUUCACUGAGAUGCCCGCCGGACAAGCUUUGCAGCAGGCUAUCAGUAAAGCAAAGAAGGCCAUGACAGAACUUCACCAAAAGCAAGACGUAAGUCUAAAAAUACCCGAGUGAUGCAGAAAUAGCUGGCUAACGCAACCCCUCCAGGAAUUGAAUAUCGUGCAAAUUGGCCUCGCAACUUUGUCCAAUCUCUCCAAUUUACUCCAAACAUUUUGGCCAAUCAAAUGCGACAAUACAUCAACUCUUUAUUGCUCAGCUAACUGUACACGAUCGUCAUCCUCUCGCAGUCUACAGCGCUAAGCCUUCUGGGUAAUGUAGGCUAGGAUAGGAUAGGAUAGGAUAGGACUUUAUUGUCAUUGCACAAGUACAACGAAACUAUGUUUUCAGCACAAACCCUUUCAAGACUAGACAAACAGUGUACAGGGUUACAGAACAGGAACGCUGAUGGGUCGCCUAAGGCGCCCCGUAAAAGAUGGGAAAAAGGUAAAACGCUGGGGAAGAACAUGAGUAAAAAAAUACAAUCUAGACUGGGCUCCUAAGGGGGCCUAGUCUGGAGUGGGAAAAAACCUCCAUGCCAUGCACACAUAAACAUGUUAUAUAUAAU